AUCCUCUUCCUCUGGCUCAUAGCUCUUCUCUGUUGCUCCAGUUAUUUUGCAUCAGUUGCAGUUUGGCUGGGCCUGAAUUCCUUGUUUUAAGCUGUUACUUUGACCCUUUUGGUCUGCAGGUUUUUUUUUUUUUUAUCGGAGAGGUGUGAGUGUUACUUUCAUUUUACACUUUUUUUCCCCCUUCUUCUUUCAGAAGCUGUUUGGCACGUGCCCCGCCCCCCUCCAAAUCCUUUUUCCCCAUCCGUUUGGAGAAAUUCUGUUGCUUAAACAAUACACAGGCUUUUUUGAACAAUGAGUUCGUACAACGUUUCACUCACUGGACCUUCGCCUUGGGGCUUCCGGUUGCAAGGAGGCAAGGACUUCAACAUGCCCCUCACCGUUUCCAGGAUUACACCAGGGAGCAAGGCAGCCUCCAGCAACCUGAUCCAGGGUGACAUCAUCGUGGCCAUUGAUGGGGUCAGCACAGAGGGGAUGACACACCUGGAGGCCCAAAACAAGAUCAAGUCUGCCAACUUCAGUCUGGCCCUUACCAUGCAAAGGUCAAAGCGGCCCACUCCAGUUCCCAUGACAACAUCAAGGAUUGACUCCCCUAUGCCUGUGAUCCCUCAUCAGAAGGUUAUUACCAACACUCCUGCCAACACUGAGUACCUGCCCAGCUUCAACCCAAUAGCUCUGAAGGACACUGCACUCUCCACCAACAAGCCCAUUGAGGUGAAGGGGCCUGGAGGCAAGGCCACCAUCAUCCAUGCGCAGUACAACACCCCCAUCAGCAUGUACUCCCAGGAUGCUAUUAUGGAUGCCAUUGCUGGCCAGUCCCAGGCCAGGGGUAGCGAGCUGUCUGGUAAUCUGCCAGUUAAAGACCGUGUUAUAGACAGUGCUUCCCCAGUGUAUCAGGCCGUCAUCCCCAGAGAAAUCAAUGAACUGGAGCCGGCUGAUUGGGCCAAAAGAGCCGCCCAGCUGCAGUCCAAGUCCUUCCGUGUCCUCGCCCACAUUACUGGAACUGAAUACAUGCAAGACCCUGAUGAGGAAGCUCUGAGAAGGUCAAGUACUCCUGCUGAGCAUGCUCCAGUUUCCACCAGUAUUGCACCUGUCUGUCCGCCUACUAUCGCUGCUUUGCCCAAUGAGCUCUUUUCGGAGCCGCAGAUUGCCAAUCAGGCGCCCGAGCCUGAUGCGGAGCAGAAUCCUGAGCAAACCAUGGUAACCAGCUUCAACUUGCAGACCUCUAUGGGUUACAGUUCCCAGUACAAAACCUCCAUGUCCAGUUCUUACUCCCAGCUCCCACCUAUGCAGCAGCCACCACCACCCAUGCAGCACAGCUCCAUCCAGAUCCCCGUAGGUGCACCUCCACCUAAAGUGGUCAGCACUGCCACCAUUAUGCCUGCAGCCUACUCAGCUGCCCCAGCACCAGCUCCUCCAAUGGUUCACAAGCCUGCUCCACCUCCACCUGCUCCUGCCGCAGCUCCAGCGUCUUCUUCCAACAGGCCUCCUUGGGUUACUGAUGAGAACUUUGCUCAUAAAUUUGACCCUAGCAAACCCACCACCACCUCCACAAAUGUCAGAGUGCAGCCUCUUCCCCAGGCGGCCCCACCACCACCGCCCUACAUCCCCAACCCCGUCCCUGCUCCCGUUCCUGUUCCUGCUCCUGCCGCACCCAGCCCUGCAUUCAACCCCACCCCCUUCCCACCAGUGGCUCGUGGAGUUGCUCAGAGGGCAGAGCGGUUUGCAGCCAGCAACAGAACACCUCUGUGUGGAGCCUGCAACAGCAUCAUCAGGGGACCAUUCCUGGUGGCACUGGGUCGUUCCUGGCAUCCAGAGGAGUUCAACUGCCAUUAUUGCCACACGUCUCUGGCUGAUGUCAGCUUUGUGGAGGAGCAGAAUAAUGUUUACUGUGAAAACUGCUAUGGAGAGUUCUUCGCACCUACAUGUGCCCGCUGCAACACCAAGAUCAUGGGAGAAGUGAUGCAUGCACUGCGGCAGACCUGGCACACCACUUGCUUUGUGUGUGCAGCUUGUGGAAAGCCCUUUGGAAACAGCCUCUUCCAUAUGGAGGAUGGUGAGCCGUAUUGUGAGAAAGAUUAUAUUGCACUCUUCAGCACAAAGUGCCAUGGCUGUGACUUCCCAGUUGAGGCAGGAGACAAAUUUAUUGAAGCUCUUGGCCACACAUGGCAUGAUACCUGCUUUGUUUGUGCAGUGUGCCAUGUGAACCUGGAAGGACAACCUUUCUACUCCAAGAAGGACAAGCCCUUGUGCAAGAAGCAUGCACAUGCCAUCAAUGUGUAGAUGCUUCAGCAUUGCAUCAAAAGCUGUCGCAAUUAAUACAUUUGCAUGUGUGGUUUAUGGCAAGACAUCAGUGUCUAUCCAAAUGACAAAAACUAAUAUAAAAGACAUACAGUAUAUUAAAUAGCAUAAUAGUAAGAGGAUUAAACUAGACAUUUUGACAUUUUUAGGUCUUUCUUUGACUUUAUUAUUAUAACCUUAAUACAUUUGCAUACAUUCACUUGUUUGUCUGAUAAAGGAAUUUAAGAGAUAUAACGCUUUUUUUUUUUGUUUGGUGAAUUUAUGCAACAUACAAUUUUUGUGAUAUUAGUGACUAAAACCUUAAUUUGAAAGAUAUUAAUAUUGAAGAUUGAAACAGCCUGAAAAAGUCUAUGCAUAUUAUUACGCCUUAAAAUUUGAAGUAAACUUAAAUGUGAUUUUAUUCCAUUACUAUUUGUUUUCUUGAACAAUAAUGAGGCCUAUAGAUCCCUGACUUGCUUAUCAAUCACAAAAGGAUGUUAAAUAGAUUGAGGCUGUAUGUUGUUUUGCAGUCUUUUCAAUAAUGAAUGGGUGUUUUAUGUGUUACUAAUCUUGUUCAUUUGUGCUUUUAGUGUGUGGGAAAGCAAGUGAGCUAAUUCAUGCAUAUGUGAUGUCAAUAUUAGCAUUAUGUGUCAUAUUUUUAUCUACUCAUUUUAAGAAUGGGAGCAGGGCAUCUGAAGAGGUAAUAAAAUUUAUUUUAAUUUAUUAAUUGUUGCCCUCACAGUGUAUGCAAGACAUAGUUAGCUGUAAUAAUGUCCAGCUCUCAAGGAGUAUUUUUUUUUUUCAAUUAUUCAUGUUUUGCCUUGUCACCUAUGAUAGUUGAUUUUUGUUGUUAUUUAUUUUGCGCAAAACCUCAAUAUUUACAAAAUCUUUGCAAAUGGUGUACUUUACUUGUUUUCUUUGCCAAGAAGGAGGGAUUCACAUUUUUAUUUAAUAAAUACUUUAAUUAACAAGACAAGAGGCACACACAGGAUGCAAGUUGUAUUGUUAAUAUGUAACAAAUGGGGUACCUGAGACUUUUUUUCUCUGUGGGUAUAUGCUACCCAAUUCUGAUGUACAACUUUAAGAUUACAGUAAAGUUUUUGUUUCAUGACUAGUGGCUAUUAAAGAACAUCAUGGUUAAAUUCUGAGAUUGUAAUUCUAGACACUCAUGUUUUCCUAUGUGAUAUUGAUAUUUUAU